AUGUCCUUCACCAUCCCCGCACACCUUCCCCCGCCGAGUGACGGCUCGGCCUCGGACUCGGACGACGGCGCGUCCGACUGGGCCUCGUCCCUUGGUGAUGCGCGGCACACCCGCGGUCUCUUCGGCGAGACCGUCUACGCAUCCCCUGAGGCGGCGCUCGCGGCGGCCAAGGAGGAAGGUUUCGACCUUACUGCGACGGCGAGCAGGCUCGGACUGGACGUGUACGGACGCAUGCGGCUGAUCAACCUCAUCCGUCGGGACGGGUUGACUGUUGCGGACGUGGCCAAGAUCGCAGCGGACGACGAGCGGUUGAAAGACGAUCAGCUGCUCAUUCCUGUGGUGCCGGACGACCCGCUGCUGCAACUCGAUGACGAGGAGUGGUCGGAUGACGAGGAGCCAGAGAAGGAGGAGGCCUCGGGCUCCGCUGCUGCCGAGAUCGCCCGCCUUCGCAAGGAGGUCGAGAUGCUGCGCGGCAUCGUUGAGCGCAGCGUCCAGGAUGAAGGAAAGGGCAAGAAGCGUGACGACGACACCCACUACUUUGACUCGUACACCCACAACGAAAUCCACGAGAUUAUGCUCAAGGACACGACACGGACAGUGACGUACGCGCGCUUCAUCCUAAGCAACCCGCGCGCAUUCCGGGACAAGGUCGUCCUCGACGUCGGGGCGGGAACAGGCAUUCUGUCCAUGUUCGCGGCCAAGGCUGGAGCAAAGCACGUGUACGCCAUUGAGGCGUCCAACCUCGCAUCCAAGACGCGUGAGAACAUCCGCGAGAACGGGCUCGGCGACGUCAUUACUGUGAUCCAGGGCAAGGUCGAGGACAUUGCGCUGCCCGUGGACACGGUCGACGUGAUCAUUUCCGAGUGGAUGGGUUACAUGCUGCUGUACGAAAGCAUGUUGGACUCUGUGCUGGUCGCGCGUGACCGCUUCCUCGCUCCUGGCGGUCUGAUGGCGCCAUCCCAAACGCGCCUCGUUAUCAGCGCGAUCACGGGCGACCGGGUGUUCCGCGAGCGCAUCGACUUCUGGGACAACGUGUACGGCUACAACAUGAGCAGUGCCAUGAACGGCGUCUACUACCCCGAUGGGGUGAUCGACAUUGUCGACCGCGAGGAGGUCGUGACGUCCGAGGCGGUGGUGCGGGACAUCAACACCCACAACGCGACGCCUAAGAGCCUCGACUUUCACGCCGACUUUGAACUCGUCUCCACCUCGAACAAGGAGGAGACGGUGCGCGCGUUCCUCACCCACUUUGACACGUUCUUCAGCCCUAUUUCGGGGAUCGAGGGGCACGUGUCCCUCUCGCACCCCGUGCACAUUCACGAGUUCGCGGACGAUCUGUACAAGAGCGAGGUGGCGCCGCUCAACAGUGCCGACGCCAACGCUGUGAGCUUCACCACUGGCCCGCGCGGCCAGCCCACACAUUGGAAGCAGGUAUCGUUCCUCCUCCGCAAGCCGUUUACGCUCGCCGCCGGGCAACGCGUAUCAGGUCGCUUCUUCUGCCGCAAGUCGGUGACCAAUUCGCGCGAACUCGAUGUUGAGAUCCACUACGCCGUUGGCAGCAAGCCAGAGGGCUACACUGUACAGACGUACACGGUGGCGUGA